AUGAGGGAGCUGGAAGAAGCCGUCCGUACCCACAAGAGGGACGUUAUGUUGCCGUGGCCACAGAUCGGGGUAUAUGUCGUGCCGAAAUACAUUCGAAAAUUGCCAGGAGGCAAUACCGACGAACUGACCCUGUCAAUGAGGAAAUACUUUAUGUAUGAGAAGGCCGCGACCGCAGCCCGUGCCUACAACGAAUGGAACUAUACCGAUCUGGUCUUUUUAAAGAACGUCCCGGACAGAUGGUACAUCGUCGGAAAGGUACCCAAGACCGCAAAGAAGAAAGCAUCCAACAAGAACAAACAGACGGAAGUAAUCUCAGACAGCGAAGACGAGGUCGCCGAACCAAAAGUCAGGUAUUGA